AUGCACGCCACCCGGACGCUGGCCACCGUAUUCCUUGCCGCUGCCAACGCGGCCGGCAGCGUGGACUCGGAUACCGACGCUGGAGGCCCAAACUCAACGUCGAAUGUGCUCACCCGCGACGUGACCAUCAUCGGCGGCGGCGUGACCGGCAGCUACGCGGCAACCUGGCUGCAUGAUAGAGGGUACAGCUUCGCAGUGGUUGAGAAGCAGAGCAACCUAGGUGGACACACGCAGACUUAUACCGACCCUGCCAGCGGCGUGGCCAUCGAGUAUGGCAAUGUCUUUUUCCAGGACACCCCGAAGAUGCGCGACUACAUGCAGCGGUACAACGUCAGCUUCUCCCAGAUACCGCCCAUCAACGACCCCAGCCACGCAAUCAAAUAUUACGACUUUAGUAGUAGUAGUAGUAGUAGUAUUAGUUAA